AUACUGAGGCUCGUUGCCUGGGAGACACUGAGUCACCUGGUCAUAGUUGGCCAAUCAACAGUGAAGAGAAUAGAUCAUAGAGAGGACCUGUAAAUAGCGAAGAGACAUUGGCCAUCUUCCAGAUGAUGAAAAUAUUAUCUAUUAACCCUGUAUAGGCUGCACAAUGAUGGAUCAAUUGCUGUUUAUAGAUGAUUUGUUUCUCAAAAAGCCAACUAAGAGAUUCUCAAAGCCGGGCAUGAAUUUCGUCCCCAUUGCGGUCCCUUUUUGCUAUAUAUAGUCUAUUGUAGAAGAUAAAGAAAAGAGGAGAAAAGGAAAGAGAAGGAGGAGGAAAAUGGAUCUGUCAGACCUGUCUGACCAUGAGAUUGACCUCCUCAUUGAGAUGAUGGUGGAGAUGAUGAUGGAGGAAGAAAAGGAGGAAGAGGAGAAGAAUAGGAAUAAUGAGGUCAGAGAAGAGAUGGAAGAGGAGAAGGAGAAUCAGACUUCAUUCUUAAAUGAUGCCGAAUCAACGACCAAGGAGGAGACUAUGGAGUCCAACAGAAGGAAUGACAAAGAGCCUGAGAGACAGAGAUGGACAUCAAGAUCUGUCUCUCUCUUCUGUGGAUGCUUCAAGAAAAGCAACUAAAAUGUGAGUGCGCAAGACCUUACCACAAGAGGGCACUAUACACUACAUAUCGGUUUCUAGUAUACACCAUAUAUAAUGUGCUCUCUUGCCACAUACUGCGACUGUGACCAUUCUGCUCUAUUAGACUGUCGGCUUCAGGUUCUUGGUGUUCUCAUAUCUUUGCAGAAAAUAAAAAGAAA